GGGCAGUGACGUCGCGGGCAUUCACGGCCUCCCCAUAAAUACUUAGAGCAAGACUUUCCCAUCGAGGCGAGAAGCGCUGCCGCUGCUGAGUGUGUCCAGCACAACAGUCCCGCUUAGAGCGAACCAUCUCCCACCCACUCCCCCAUGAAUAUUGCCCACUAGGAAAAAAAAAAGUAUCGCUGCCUUUCUCAAUACUGGAGGGGAUCCCCUCUGCCCUGCAGCCCACUUCCACGCGGGGCCGCGGUCCCGGAGGAUGACGGCGAAGGCGUUGGACAAGCUCCCCGUGGGUCUAGGCGGCGGCUUCGUGCCGCACUUGCCCUGCGACGGCUUCUACUCCGUGGAGGACCUGCCGGUGAUCAGUUUCCCCAAUGGGGAGCUGGCAGGAGGAGGGCCUCUGGAGCCCAUGAGCGGCCCCACGGGAGAUGCCUUGAGCGACGCCGCGGAGAUGGGCGAGAAGCGGGCCCUGGAGCUGCAGUACGCAUGCGCCGGCUUCGCCCCUGCCUCGCGCCCGGGCGCCAACGCCGCCGCCCAGCCCUUCGCCUACAUGGGCAAGUUCUGCAUCGACGCGCAGUACCCCGGCGGCGCAGGCGCAGUGGGAUCCUACCCCGCCGACGGCAUCCUCAACCUGGUCAGCGCCGGACUCUUGCAAGGGCUGGCUGCCGCCCCGACCUCCUCCUCUUCUUCCUCGUCCUCCGCCGCCUCCUCGGGCUCCCCGGGCACCAUGGCGCCCCCGGAGAUGGAGCACAUGUACUCUCCCCCGCCGUAUUCCUCCUGCGGGGAGCUCUACCACCCGCACCAGCAGCCGCAGGAAGGCUCCUACUUGCCCGCCCCCUCGGGGCACUUCCCGCCGCCGCCUUCGUACCACCAGUCCCCUAAGACAGGCCCUGCGGAGAGCCUCUUCCCCAUGAUGGCGGACUACUCGGGUUUUUUCCCCCCUCCCCAUCCUCCUCCUCAUCCUCCUCCCCCGCCCCCGACGUGCGACUUCCCGGAGCGCAAGCCUUUCUCGUGCGCCCUGGACGCCGUGCGCGCGCCGCCCUUGACGCCGCUCUCCACCAUUCGGAACUUCACGCUCGGCGCGCCCCCUGCCGGCCUGGGCGAGAACGGCGCCCCCGUGUCGUCGUCGUCUUCGCGCUUGGCGGCGGGGGCUUACGGCAGCCCGGCCCACCUCCCCCUGCGGCCCAUCCUCCGUCCCCGCAAGUACCCCAACCGUCCCAGCAAGACGCCGGUCCACGAGCGGCCUUACCCUUGCCCCGCCGAGGGCUGCGACCGGCGCUUCUCCCGCUCGGACGAGCUGACCCGCCACAUCCGCAUCCACACGGGCCACAAGCCCUUCCAGUGCCGCAUCUGCAUGCGCAACUUCAGCCGCAGCGACCACCUCACCACCCACAUCCGCACCCACACCGGCGAGAAGCCCUUCGCCUGCGACUUCUGCGGGAGGAAGUUCGCCCGCUCCGACGAGCGCAAGCGGCACACCAAGAUCCACCUGCGGCAGAAGGAGCGCAAGGCCUCCGCGCCGGCCUCUUCGUCUGCUUCUUCGAGCGGGAUGAACGCGCCUCCUCCUGCGAACGGGCCGCUCGCCUCCUGCGCCACCAGGAACCGGGCGCCUUGAUCCCAGGACCAGACUGGGACAUUCAUUUCCCCGUGUUGUCGAAGGCUUUCAUGGCCGGGAUCACAGGGUUGUUGUAUGUUUUCCGGGCUGUAUGGCUAUGUCCCAGAAGCAUUCUCUCCUGACGUUUCGCCCACAUCUAUGGCAGGCAUCCUCAGAGGUUGUGAGGUAUGGAGAAACUAUGCAAGGAAGGUUAAUAUAUACACUGUUUCCCCUAAAAUAAGACAUCUCCAGAAAAUAAGACCUAGUAGAGCAGGGGUCCCCAAACUUUUUAAACGGGUUGUCGAAGGCUUUCAUGGCCAGGAUCACAGGGUUGUUGUAUGUCUUUCGGGCUGUGUGGCCAUGUUCCAGAAGCAUUCUCUCCUGACGUUUCGCCCACAUCUAUGGCAGGCAUCCUCACAACCUCUGAGGAUGCCUGCCAUAGAUGUGGGCGAAACGUCAGGAGAGAAUGCUUCUGGAACAUGGCCACACAGCCCGAAAGACAUACAACAACCCUGUUUUUAAACGGGGUCAGUCCACGGUCCCUCAGACCAUUGGAAGGCCGGACUAGAGUUUGUUUUUUUUUUAAUUCCUAUGCACUCUGCACAUGCCUCAUUUUGAAGUAAAAAACAAAACAAAACGGGAACAAAUACAGCCUUGAUGUUAAUAAUAAUAAUAAUAAUAAUAAUAAUAAUAAUAAUAAUAAUAAUAAAGAGGGUCAUUGGUCUUUGAAUUGAAUCCAACCCCCUUCUGCCUUUGUGCACCAAAAACACAAGCAAAGCACCCCUGACAGAUGGCCACCCCGCCUUAAUUUUAAUACAGUAGAGUCUCUCUUAUCCAAGCUAUACGGGCCGGCAGAAGCUUGGAUAAGCGAGUAUCUUGGAUAAUAAGGAGGGAUUAAGGAAAAGCCUAUUAAACAUCAAAUUAGGUUAUGAUUUUACAAAUUAAGCACCAAGACAUCAUGUUAUACAGCAAAUUUGACAGAAAAAGUAGUUCAGUACUCAGUAAUACUAUGUAGUAAUUACUGUAUUUACGAAUUUAGCACCAAAAUAUCAUGAUGUAUUGACUACAAAAAUGCGUUGGAUAAUCCAGAACGUUGGAUAAGUGAAUGUUGGAUAAGUGAGAUUCUACUGUAAUAAUAAAAAAGAGGGUUGGAAGAGACCCCUUGGGCCAUUGAGUCCAACUCCUUCUGCCUUUGUGCACCAAAAGCACAAGCAAAGCAUCCCUGAUAGAUGGCCACCCAGCCUCAAUGUUAAUAAUAAUAAUAAUAAUAAUAAUAAUAAUAAUAAUAAUAAUAAUAAUAAUAAGGGUUGUAAGAGAAGAAGAGACCCCUUGGGCCAUUUAGCCUAAUCCUCUUCUGCCCUUGUGCUGUGGGGGCUGGAUAAAUGGCUUCGAUGGGCCGCAUCCGGCCCCCGGGCCUUAGUUUGGGGACCCCUGUAGUAGAGGUUUUGCUGAAUUGCUAAAUAUAAGGCCUCCCCCGAAAGUAAGACCUAGCAAAGUUUUUUGUUUGGAAGCAUGGCUGCUGAACAGAACAUCAGAGCAUGCAGGAUUGGUAAAUGUACAUACCAUAAAGUGUUGUACAUGGAAAUAUUGGUAGCAACAAGAAAUUCUUGAUAGGAUUCACAGUUUGUCUGGUUAGGCUGGUUUAUGAUGACAACUACUGUACAGUAUAUAAUAAAUGUUCAUUUUUUGUUCAACAAUAAAUGUGAAUUCUUCUUCAUGGAAAAAUAAGACAUCCCCUGAAAAUAAGACCUAGUAGAGGUUUUGCUGAAUUGCUAAAUAUAAGGCCUCUCCCAAAAGUAAGACCUAGCAAAGUUUUUGUUUGGAAGCAUGCCCAACGAACAGAACACCAGAGCAUGUAGGAUCGGUAAAUGUACAUACCAUAGAGCAAUGAUGGGCAACCUUUUUCGCUUGGUGUGUCAGAAUUCACCAGAAAACCUAGCAUGACUUCGGUGGUGUGUCACUUCGAGAAAAAAACCAUAAUUUCGCAAUAUGUAUAGUUUAAAUAACAAAAAUGUAUAAUUGUAAUAUAUAACUGUAUUUAAUAAAUCAAAAACUAUUUACUACCAUUAUUUCCAUGUACAACAAUCUAUGGUACCUCUUGCAGUUUCCACGCUGAUUUCUCUCUAUUGUAGUUUCAGUGUAGUCAUGAAUAAUGAAUAAUAUAAUAAUAAUAUAAUAUACUACAAUAAUAAUAGAAUAAUAAUAGAAUGAUAUUACAUAUAUAUAUAUAUAUAUACACACACACACACACACACACACACACACACACACACACACACACACACAAAGUAGAGUCUCACUUAUCCAACAUAAAUGGGCCAGCAGAACGUUGGAUAAGCAAAUAUGUUGGAUAAUAAGGAGGGAUUAAGGAAAAGCCUAUUAAACAUCAAGUUAGGUUAUGAUUUUACAAAUUAAGCACCAAAACAUGCUUUACAGCAAAUUUGAUAGAAAAAGUAGUUCAAUACAAAAUAAUGCUAUGUAGUAAUUACUGUAUUUAGGAAUUUAGCACCAAAAUAUCAUGAUUUAUUGAAAACAUCGACUAUAAAAAUGUGUUGGAUAAUCCAGAAUGUUGGAUAAGCGAAUGUUGGAUAAAUGAGACUCUAUAUAAAUGUAAUGUGCAUAAUUCCCAUUGAAUAAACAACAAAACCAUUGGACCAAUUCACAUUAAAUUUGGCCACAAAAGUCAUCCAAUCAGUCUGCAUGCGGUAGCGUGUCAGCAAAAAUGGCUAGGCGUGUCAGUGCUGACACGCGUGUCAUAGGUUGGCCAUCACUGCUAUAGAGUGUUGUAAAUGUUAAUAAUGGUAGUAACAAGAAAUUCUUGAUAGGAUUCACAGUUUGUCUGGUUAUGCUGGUUUGUGAUGACAACUACUGUACAGUAUAUAAUAAAUGUGAAUUCAUCUUCAUGGAAAAAUAAGACAUCCCCUGAAAAUAAGAUCUAGAGCAUCUUUGGGAGCAAAAAUUAAUACAAGACACUGUCUUAUUUUCGGGGAAACACGAUAUCUGUGGGAAGUCCAGGGUGUGAGAGGAACUCUUUGUCAGUUGGAAAGUGAAUGUUGCAGUUAAUCACCUUAAUUAGCAUUGGAAAGGUUCAUCUCCUGGCUAUUUUUGCCUGUGGGCAUCCUUGUUCAGAGUCAUUAGCUGCCCUUGGAACUCUUCUGUUUUCAGAGUGUUGCAUCUCACAACCUGGACUUUCCACAGAUAUAUAUAAACCUUCCUUGCUUAGUUUCUUCAUACCUCACAACCUCUGAGGAUGCCUGCCAUAGAUGUGGGCGAAACGUCAGGAGAGCAUACUUCUGGAACAUGGCCAUACUGCCCGGAAAACAUACAACAACCCAUUUAUUUCCCCCUUCGACAAGGAGGGGGAGGGACUGUGUGCACUUUAGACUUCCCCUGACUUAGCCCCAGCCUUUUGCCCUGAGGCUUGGAGUAAGGACCAAAGCAUUUACACCAGGCCAUGGGCAAACUUGGGCACUCCGGGUGUGUUGGACUUCAACUCCCACAAUUUGUUGGGAAUGGUGGGAGGUGAAGUCCAAAACACCUGGAGGGACUAUCUUUGUCCAUGCCUGAUCUACACUGAGCGUUUAAUGCAGCUUCAACCACAGCAACCAGACACAUCGUGAGCCUCUAAAGCAGGCAUGCGCAAACUUGGGCCCUCUGGGUGUUUUGGACUUCAACUCCCACAAUUCCUAACAGCAAAUAAGAACAGUAAAUAAGAAGCAACACUCUGGAAACAGAGGAGUUCCAGACAUGAAUCAACCAAGGGUAGCUAACGACUCUCAACAAAGGAUGCCCCCAGGCAGGAAGAAGCCAGGAGAUGAAGCUAUUCAAUGCUAAUUAAUGUGAUUAACUACAACAUUCAUACUGGCCUCCACUGACAAGAGUUCUUCUCUCACCCUGGACUUUCCACAGAUAUAUAUAAACCUUCCUUGCUUAGUUUUUCCAUACCUCACAACCUCUGAAGAUGCCUGCCAUAGAUGUGGGUGAAAUGUCAGGAGAAAAUACUUCUGGAACAUGGCCAUACAGCCUGGAAAACAUACAACAACAGCCGGUAGGCUGUUAGGAAUUGUGGAAGUUGAAGUCCAAAACACCCAGAGGGUCCAAGUUUGCCCAUGCCUACCUUAAAGGACGGAAACCUUGUCCCCAUCUGCACUGACCAUUUCAUGCCAUGGCCAGACAACAAACUCCCACUAUACACAUACACACAAACUCACAGGAUGGCCCUAAAGUCUCUUUACCAUUUACAGAUACUUUAAAUGAGAAAUGAUAACAGUAAAGAGAUUUUACCAACACCCUGUAUGUAUGUAUAGCAGGUUAAACCGCUAAGCUGCUGAACUUGCUGGCUGAAAGAUCUGCGAUUCGAAUCCUAGGAGAGGAGUGAGCUCUUGCUGUCAGCUCCAGCUUCUGCUAAUCUAGCAGUUCGGAAACUUGCAAAUGUGAGUAGAUCAAUAGGUGCCGGUGGGAAGAUAACGGCACUCCAUGCAGUCAUGCCGGCCACAUGACUUUGGAGGUGUCUACGGACAAGGCCGGCUCUUUGGCUUAGAAAUGGAGAUGAGCACCAACUCCUAAAGUUGGACAAAACUAGACUUAGCAUCAGAGGGAAACCUUUACCUACUAACUUCAGCAGCCGGACAGGUCGUGAACCCUUAAAGCAGGAAUGGGCAAACUUUGGCCCUCCGGGUGUUUUGACUUCAACUCCCAUAAUUCCUAACAGCUGGGAGGCUGUUGGGAAUUGUGGGAGUUGAAGUCCAAAACACCCGGAGAGCCAAAGUUUGCCCAUGCCGACCUUAAAGGAUGGAAACCUUGGCCCCAUCAGCACUGACCAUUUCAUGCCAUAGCCAGACAACAAACUCCUACUAUAUAUAUAUAGAUAUAUAUAUACAGAGAGAGAGAGAAAAACUCACACACGUGGACAUGCAUACACACAUUGUGUCCCUAAAGUCCAACCACAUUUUGCAAAUCCCAAUUAUCACAGGGAUCGAAAGUGAAUAAGGGCACAUCUUCUGAAUAAGGGCACAGACAGUAAAACAAAAACCAUAGGGGUAUUCACCCUUCCCUAUGCUAGCCAAAGAUUAUAUGUGUGUAUAUAUAUGUAUGUAUGUAUAUAGAUGGAGAUACACUUAAAAAUAUAUCUGUUCCGACUUUCGCACAAAUUCAACUUAGGAAUAAAUUUGUACUUUGGAGACUGCCUGGUAUGUAUGUGCGUGUGGAUAUGACACUCAAAGGACAAUACACAAAAGCACGCAAAAAAAAAAAAAAAGUCCUCAGUGCUCUGUGUUGUUUGUGUAACCGCCAGCCAUCCAGACCUCAAACUGGCUUCUUCAAAACUGGCAUGAAAUGGUCAAUCUAAACGGGGACUUAAGUCUUACUUCCCUCUAGCGAUAUCCAGCACAACUAAAGGGAUCCAUGGGCCCCAACUUUACUUGUGAGUAUGUUAUAUUUAAGGGCUGCAGAUAUUCUUCAAAGGGGUCCCUGGCUGUGUAACUACAGGUUGAGAACCGUAGCUUUUGGAUAAUAGCUAUUCAACUAUAAAUUUUGGAAUACGUGCAUUUGCUUAUACAGUAGACUUUCAGUUAAGCGGCUCCGUGAGGAUUGAUAGAUGCCGGAUAAAUGUAGUUUCUGGUUGCCUGAGAGUUACUAUUAAAAUAGGUCUAACUCAUACUAUAACAUGCCAUAAACUCUGUAUUGACCUGAUAUUAAUACUGAAGUACAGUCAUUAAAAGCAAAUUAAGACCACUAAAAACAAACCUAAUGUUAACAGUUUUACUUCUUUUAAAACUGCAUUAUAAAAAUAGCCUUUUAAAAUGUAAAGUACAUUAUUGAUUUUUUUUACCGGUUGCUUGAGUUCUGGUUAACUGAGAGUCUACUGUAGGUAUAUAACCCAAGUCUCAACACGCAGUUUAUGUUUCAUGUACACCUUAAACGCUUAGCCUGAAGGUAAUUUUAUUGCAAUGCUUUUGUGUACGAAACAAAUUGCGUGUAUUUGAAUCGCAAGAAAACAAAGUUGUCCCUAUCUCAGCCACCCAUGUGGACAAUUUCAGAUUUUGGAGUAUUUUGGGUUUAGGUAUGGGAUGCUCAACCUGUAUUUGGACACAAGAAAUAACAGAGGUUCAAUGGGGAUGAAGUGAGAAGAGACGUGCCCGGCAAUGACUGGUCCCGGUACAUUCCAGAUUUAGACGAUUAUUACUUCCCUCCCCACUUCCCCUCUCUUUUUGUGAUUAUUCUUUAAAAACCGAUGUGCACUGUUCUCAGCCUUCUCUCAGAAUGAGGAGGAAGGUUCACAUCAUGUGGACCGACUGGAGAGGUUUAACUUAUUUUUGAAGAUUGUACAUAACCUGCUCGGAUUCUGGGUGCAUGCAAUUGUGUUGGAAAUGUCCUUGGUGCCUUUUAUUUGGAUGUGUAGACAAUGGUUGCGUGGCUGCAUGUUAAAUCUGUUGCCUUACUGAUCAGGAUGGGAAGGAUCGGGUGGGGUGCAGGAGAGGAACAAGGAAAAUGUUCAAUGCCCUGGUCUAUAGCUGUAUAUUUCUGCCUAUUAAUAUUUGAAUUUUUCUAGAAACUCUAUUUUUGUAUGCACUGGCAUUUUCCUUUUGUUUCCUGUGACUUAUUAAGUGUUGCUUUUGUAGCAAAUAAUAAUUUUUAAAAAAGAAUCACAGAAUGUAAAUAAUAUCUUUUGAGGUCUGACAGAGAGAUGGUUGGCUCUCGCACAACAGCUUAAAUAUGAUUUCUAAUCUCAUGAGGCACAACCACUAACUGGAGCCAUCCUUGAGAAAGGUGGUUUUUGUUAUGAAUAUUGUGUAAAUAAAUGUUUUCUGUACAAACAGC